AUCGCGAACUAUCCGGCGCAGACCGAAAUAGCCGAGCCUCUGAGGGCCACCGGAAACCCCGCCCCUAGGAGGAGUCGGGAAGCCUUGCCAGAGGUAGGAACCCAAAGGUACGGCUCCUGGGUUGGGGCCAGCCGGCCAUGGCCACGCCCCCGGGGGCCGGUCCCGCCGCUCUUCGCUUCGCAGCCGCUGCCUGCUGGCAAGUCGUGCGCGGACGCUGCGUGGAGCAUUUUCCGCGAGUAUUGGAGUUUCUGCGAUCCCUGCGCGCUGCUGCCCCCGGCUUGGUUCGGUACCGGCACCAUGAACGCCUGUGUAUGGGCCUAAAGGCCAAGCUCGUGGUGGAGCUGAUCCUGCAGGGCCGGCCUUGGGCCCAGGUUCUGAAUGCCCUGCAUCAACACUUCCCAGAGUCUGGACCUGCAGUGCGGGACCCCAAAGCCACAAAGCAGGAUCUGAGGAAGAUCUCAGAGGCUCAGGAAACCUUUUGCCAGCAGGUGAAGCAGCUGGCAGAAGCCUCUGUUGAUGUGGCUUCGAAGCUACAGGAACUUGAACAAGAGUACGGGGAACUUUUUCUGGCUGCCAUGGAAAAGCUGUUUUUUGAAUACCUGUAUCAGCUGGAAAAAGCACUGCCUACACUGCAGGCACAGCAGCUUCAGGAUGUGCUGAGUUGGAUGCAGCCUGGAGUUUCUAUCACUUCUUCUUAUGUCUUGAGCCAAUAUGGUGUGGACAUGGGGUGGCCACUUCCAGAGUGCUUUGCUACUGAUUCAAUGAACAUGACAGAGCCCACGGAGCAGAGUCCUCCUCAGCAACCAAGACCAGCACUCCACGACCCUCUGCCGAAAGCCCAGCCUGGCCCACACCUUCCUCAGGGUCCAGCCUCAAGGAAGCACCCGGAACCUUUGACUGGCCGCCAUUUCAAUCUGGCCCCUGUAGGCCGGCGAAGAAUCCAGUCCCAGUGGGCAUCCACUAGCAGAGGCCAUAAGGAGCGCCCCACAGUCAUGCUGUUCCCCUUCAGGAAUCUGGGUUCACCAACGCAGGUCAUAUCUAAGCCUGGGAACAGGGAAGAACAUGGGACACACACAGCGGAUCCAGCAGGUGCUGUGGGCACCAGAGCAGCUUCAACUGGCAAGUCUAGGAGUCCAUCCAAGACCCAGGGAGGAAGGGCUCUGAAGGAGAACCCAACUGACUUGUCUGCCUCAGAGCAAAAGGAGAACUGCUUGGAUUGCCCCAUGGAACCCCUGAGAUUGUCAUUAUCGCCUCCUAGGGCCAGGAAGUCAGUGCGUCCUCCAUCUCUGUGCAGCUCUGACAUUACUAUUGGGGACCUGGUUUUGGACUCCGAAGAGGAAGAAAACAGCCAGAGGGAAGGAAGGGACUCUCUGGAAAACUAUGAGAAGACAAAGUUUGACACCCUGAUCCCCACCUUCUGUGAAUACCUCCCCACUUCUGGCUCCAGUGCAGCACCCAGAUGCCAGCCUUGUGCAGAAAUCCCCAGAAUCUCAAAGUCAUUGGGACCUCUCUUUAUUGAGGAUCCUCCUUCUGUGCCCUCCUUACCGAAAGCCUUGGCCACAUCCCCGGGACAGUUGCAGCCUCCAUCCUGCAAAGUAAGGAGCACUGUGAAGAGAGAGCAUGGAUGCCCCAAGCCCUCUAGGAGGUCCCAGUGGCCCACCUCAAAGCUGACAGGAACCCAGGAGUCCUGAUCCACCUCUACCAGAGCCUCCAGACCUAGCAGAGAACCCAGAUGUCUGGCAGCCUCAUACCCUACCCUGCUCUUGGCCUUACGGAAAUGAUGUGGCCUUUGAGGCCAUGGGCAGCAUCUGCACACUCCACCACUGCGCUCAGCUGUGGAUACCCCACUCCGGUCUUCUUCCGGGUGGUACACACGGAGCCUGAGAAGAAUGUGACAAGGAUGAAAGGGAAGUUCUCCACAGGUGUCUGCCACUGAAGAGGUGGCCAGUGGCCCCCAGUGAACCAGCUUACCUGGUCCAAUUCCCACUUUGAUGAUGUCAGCCCCAGAGAGAAUCAGCUCUUCCACCAUCUCUCCUGUUACCACAUUCCCUGCCUGGGACAGAACCAUCAAAACAGAGCAUUCUUAGGGUCAGAAAGAGAGCCGAUUGCGUGCUUCCAGCAUUAUUACAAAGAAGAGUACCUCGGUUCCCUCUAUUUGGGGCCUCUGAGGGCUUUUAGACCAGUCACUUCAAAGGCCCCUGCUUUCCAAGCUGAGGUAAGGGGGUGAGUGGCCAGUGUCACUGUUGUACUAGGGUAAAGCGGGGGUCCAACUGGAACAAGCUCACAUCUGAUUUACAGUAGAUUUAUCUCCCCCUCCCCUCCAAAAGACCCAAACACAUCCUUUGCUUAAGCUGUUAUGUCAUGAAACCUCUCUGGCUUCAGGGAAAGGGGGAGGACAUGGUCAUGUCGGCUAAAUACCCAUCUACACAAUUGUAUUUGCUUUUGAUGGACAGAACAGAGACACCCCUCAAUGCUGCCAAGAAAGUGAGGCCUUGUCCUAACUCCCCUGAGCUUGUAAAAAAAAAUAAAACAACAUUUCAUGC